CAAGGAUACCAUUUUGGACACAGGACAAAAGAAAGAAAGAAAAAAAAAAACCAAAAGCCCAGCCGGGACAGGAUCCACAAGAGAGAGUGAGAGAGAAGUGAACAGAGUGAGAGGAGGAAUCAUGGCAGACUUUGCCUACCGCCCGACCGCUCCCAUGACCAACGAGCGGUGGCUUUCUUCACGAAGGUGUGGACAAAACCUCAAAACCGUCCGGCAUGAGAGGAGCGCAUGGCAGCUAACGGCUCACCCAAGCCCCAUUUACAAUAACCCGUUUUAUAGUGCCAAGUUUGAGACGGGGAGCACCCCGUCUCUUUCGCAGAGCGUGACAUACACACAAGGCGCUGCUGCAUCCACGCAUAACCUGCCGGCCAACUUCCCGCCGGUGGGCGCCCCUCAGCUCAGGCGAACCCCCGUCGAGCCCUCGUUUUCUCCUAUCCCAGCAUGCAAUCCCCGGUCGGCGCAGGGGCCCUAUACCAGCCCGGCGCCAGGACCGGUUUCCUUCAAGAGUUCGUGGGGAUGGGACCAGCCACCGAGCUACCCCGGGAACAACCAGAUGCCGUACCAGAGCAGAUAUUCGCCCUCGGAUUCCAUGGAUGACCUCGGCUCACCAAGCCUCUCGGAUUAUUCCUUGGAGAACGCCAUGCUCGGUUCCGCGGCACCGGGCGGCAAGACCAGUGGCCGAAUGAACGGAGCCGGAACCGGAACCGGUGGCAUGAGCGGUGGGGCCGUAGGCGGAGGCGGCGGCGGCGGCAGCGGCGGCGGCGGAAACAACGGGGCAAAGCCGCGGGCGCAGAGGCGGCCGUCGAACCGGGACGAGUUCGACGGCCCGCACCAGUUCCUCAAGCGGCCGCCGGCCGAGUACGUGGCGAUGCAGGAGCGGGAGCUGCCGCGGCUGCCGACGCACCUGCUGGUGCAGGAGCAGGAUAGUGUCCUGAACCAGGUCAACGACCGGCUGUCGCAGUGCGCGUACGACUUCGUGGCCAAGUACCAGUUCCCCAUCCCGCUGACCCAGGACAUGCGGCCCGUCGAGCGGCCCCAGGACCGCGAGUGGACCGAGUGGGUGUACCUGCUCAAGCGCCUGGCCACCAAGCGCCGCAUCCCCGCCCGCGUGCUGUACAACGGCCAGAUCAAGCAGUUCGUGACCAUCCUGGAGAACUCGCUCGAGAUGCGCCACGCCGCCAAGCACCAGAGCCGCCCGCUCAAGGAUGACCGGAAUAUCUUGCAGCUGAUCUCGGCGGGGAUACAGGUGGCCAAGAUUGUGAAGGAUGCCCAAGCUAUGGACUAUCUUGACAGACUAUACGUUUCCACGGAACAGCGGAUCCAGGAGCGGGUCGCAGCAGCCGCUGCGGCUUCUGGCGCCAUGAGAUUCCGUUAAGAGAGAGGGGGCGCUCCCAUGAGACUCCCUCUCCAUGAUGACUCUUUGCCGUCCUUCUGACGGCAUGGCUGGUAACAUCGACACCAACCGCACAACGUUUUUCUCUUAUUUUUUGGAUGCUUUUUAUGACCCGGCUCUGUGUCUUUUGGGCCGCAUGGCCCCGGUUUGCGGCCAAUACGCUCACGCUCGCACUCAUACGCUCACGUUUUACGUUUUUUGCCGUCUGGGAAUGGACGGCUUACCGGAAGGAUAAA